AUGAUGUUAGCGAUUCUCUGCUCGCUCUGGGCAUUUUGCGCAGCUGUGUCCGCCAAGCAAAGCGCAUACGUCGUGCUCACCUCUCCAUCGUCAGAUGCUCCUGCCAUCUACACCAUCUGGAUGAACAGCGGCGAGGAUUUGCCCGCCAGCAUCGGCACCUUGACGACCGCCUGCAAGUCGAUCAAUGUCGAAUUCAAGUGUUCCACCGAUGGCUACAAUGGCAUGAUUGUUGAUCUCAAAGGAAACGAGCUUCAGGCACCAAGCGGCUCAGGGCUCGGUUGCUCGCUCGUUCCUUUCCACGCCGCCAAAUGCCAGCUCAGUGGCUCGUCCGACGACGCGCAGAUGUAA